CUGGUGAAGGCAGUUACAAAAACUCUUCGUCCCCCGAAGAGUUCCGCGGUCACGUGACACGCCUCUGUCCACAACACGCGCUACUUGAAGUGGACGUGGAGAGGCAGCUGCGGAACACUGCUGCUCUCCCUGCGCAGACAUGGAGAAGAAGGCUCUGUUCGUGGGGCUCCUCUCCGCCGCCGUGUUUCUGGGCAUCGCUGCCAUCAUUUUCGUGCUGGUAUGGGUCCUCCACUACCGAGAGGGACUGGGCUGGGACGGACGAGCGGCCGAGUUCAACUGGCAUCCGGUGUUGAUGGUUAUCGGAUUCGUUUUCCUGCAGGGAGCAGCCAUCAUCGUCUACCGACUGCCGUGGACCUGGCGGUACAGUAAGCAAGUCAUGAAGUUUGUCCACGCAGGGUUGAAUAUUUUGGCUUUCAUCCUUGUUGUGGUGUCCUUGGUGGCUGUUUUUGACUUCCACAAUAUGGCCAAAAUUCCCAACAUGUACAGCCUGCACAGCUGGGUGGGGCUGAUCGCCGUCAUCCUCUACUGUCUGCAGCUUGUUUUGGGAAUAUGUUUUUAUUUAAUUCCCACCACCCCAGUGUCAUGGAGGGCAGCCUACAUGCCCAUCCACGUCUUCAGCGGACUGUUGCUGUUUGGUAGUGUGGUUGCUGUGUCUCUCAUGGGGAUCACAGAGAAGCUGAUCUUUGGGCUAGACAAACCAAAGUAUAAAGACUCCCCACCAGAGGCAACAUUCGUGAACGUCCUGGGACUGUUGCUGGUUGUUUUCGGCGCUGUAAUCCUCUGGAUUGCCACUCGAAGGUCCUGGAAACGGCCCACUGAGCAGACCCAGCAUAUUCUGCAGAGCCAAGUGGAGGGCUACGACAGCACCAAAGUCAUGCCGUCGCUCUCACAACUGUCUGAAGACGCUGGUGGAGACGUCAGACGGAGAAAGCUAGAAGAUCCGGAAGACUAAAUUACAUUGCUACAUAUUUUUAGACCCAGAUUGUAUCUCUGAAGGUUCUACCUUGCUUAACUUUUGUACCUUUUGCUAGUGUAUUUUGUUUACUGAUCACUGCAGCCUUAAAACGUAACAUAAAACUUAAAACACAAAUCUAAAUGUCGCUUUUGUAUGAGAAUUUCAAUGUGAUGACUGUGUAUGAAAGUACUUGCACUGGCUGAAUGUUUUCAUUUCUUUAAGUACACAGAUCAUUCCUUGUUUGUGAGAAUGGGAAAUGAAUACGCAUUUAAGGGAUUCUAUGGAUUUAAGGAGAGAAACUGUUUAAAGCUGGAAUAAAAAAAGACUCAUGACUAGUCAAUAUUUGACUUCUUUGUAUUUGCCGACAUCUUAAUGAACUCGCUUCUCGUGACAGACUUUUCGGAUGGUGGAGUACGAAGAUGAGUUGGACCUUUUGGCGGUCGUAGUCACUGACAGUGAAGAGGGAGAAGGGAAAGUUCGCAUCCAACUACAUGACAACCAAUGCGGCAAGUUCCUGCGGACAAUCGAACUGGUCGAACCUUGGGAUGAGGUCAGAGCAUUUCUCAGAGAAGAAAACGUUUGUUUAGUUGGUAUAUUAUGGCAACAGGCGGCUGUCGUUUUUAAUGUUGCCUUAAAGACUUAUCUCCACUACUAUUUUGACAAGGACACGAUAGUUCACGUUGAACAGAAGAGCAACAACUUCUGCUGUCAUGUUUACAAACUCAAGCUGCAAUGAAAGAUCCGGAUCAAGCUGCAG